GAGGCUGAGCAGGGAAGAUGGCGGACGUCAUGGAGGAGUACGAGAAAGAAGCUGGCUGCGUCCCUAUCCUCCAUCCGGAGGAAAUCAAACCCCAGAGUCACUACAACCACGGCUAUACGGAAAAUGUCCCCCGCAAAAAUCACGUGGACGACUACAGCACCUGGGACAUCGUUAAAGCCACACAGUACGGAAUCUUCGAGCGGUGCAGGGAGCUGGUGGAGGCGGGAUUCGACGUCCGGCAGCCAGACAAAGAAAACGUGACACUCCUCCACUGGGCUGCCAUCAACAACAGGAUAGACUUGGUCAAGUACUACAUAUCAAAGGGGGCCGUAGUGGACCAGCUGGGCGGAGACCUCAACUCCACACCUCUGCACUGGGCCACCAGACAAGGCCACCUAUCCAUGGUGGUGCAGCUUAUAAAGUACGGCUCCGACCCUUCUUUAAUCGACGGCGAGGGAUGCAGCUGUGUGCACCUGGCCGCCCAGUUCGGCCACACCUCCAUUGUUGCCUACCUUAUUGCCAAGGGACAGGAUGUAGACAUGAUGGAUCAGAAUGGCAUGACUCCUCUUAUGUGGGCAGCCUACAGGACACACAGUGUGGACCCCACCCGCCUGCUCCUCACCUUCAACGUGUCCGUAAACCUGGGUGACAAAUACCACAAGAACACGGCGCUGCACUGGGCCGUGCUGGCGGGCAACACCACGGUCAUCAGCCUGCUGCUUGACGCCAGCGCCAACGUGGAUGCGCAGAACAUCAAGGGUGAAACGCCGCUUGACCUGGCCAAGCAAAGGAAGAAUGUUUGGAUGAUAAAUCACUUGCAGGAAGUGCGACAAGCAAAAGGUUACGACAGCCCGUCAUACUUGAAGAGACUCAAGAUGGACAAGGAGUUCAGACAAAAGGUGAUGCUGGGAACGCCCUUUUUGGUCAUCUGGCUGGUGGGUUUCAUCGCCAACCUGGACAUCGAUUCCUGGCUCAUCAAGGGCGCCAUGUACGUUGGCGUUUGGGUGGCCGUGCAAUUCCUCUCCAAGGCUUUCUUCGACCACUCCAUGCACAGUGCCCUGCCGCUGGGAAUCUACCUGGCCACCAAGUUUUGGAUGUACACCACAUGGUUCUACUGGUUCUGGAAUGAUCUUCCCUUCGCCACGGUGCACAUGCCCUUCCUCCUCAACACUGUGGCUCUCUUCUACAACUUCGGAAAAUCAUGGAAGUCCGAUCCGGGGAUCAUCAAAGCCUCGGAGGAGCAGAAGAAAAAGACUAUUGUGGAGCUGGCAGAGACCGGCAGCCUGGAUCUCAGCAUCUUCUGCAGUACCUGCUUGAUACGGAAGCCCAUCAGGUCCAAACAUUGUGCCGUGUGCAAUCGUUGUAUCGCCAAGUUUGACCACCACUGCCCCUGGGUGGGAAACUGUGUGGGAAGUGGGAACCACCGCUACUUCAUGGGCUACCUGUUCUUCCUGCUGUGCAUGAUCUGCUGGAUGAUUUACGGCUGCAUCUCCUACUGGAGGAUCCACUGCGCCACCACCUACGCCAAGGACGGCUUCUGGUUCUACCUGACCCAGAUCGCCUCCUGCUCGCCCUGGAUGUUCUGGAUGUUCCUCAACAGCCUCUUCCACUUCCUGUGGGUGGCCGUGCUCAUCAUGUGUCAGCUCUACCAGAUCGCCGCUUUAGGAAUCACCACCAACGAGAGGAUGAACGCUCGGCGCUACAAGCACUUUAAAGUCACGGCCACCUCCAUCGAGAGCCCCUUCAACCACGGUUGCAUCCGAAACCUCAUCGAUUUCUUCGAGAUGCGCUGCUGUGGUCUGAUGCGGCCCGUGCCCGUGGACUGGACCAGCCAGUACACAAUAGACUACGAGCAGACGUCCGGCUCGGGGUACCAGCUGGUGUGAAAGCCCCACCCCCUGGACCACCACGAGCUGGGAUUAGCAUGCUGUUAGCUUUCCGUCGCCCCCUCCCUCACCCCACCCCGACACCGCAACGGACAGCGUGUCGCCACGACAGGAAAUAAAAGCCUCCGUGGUCCUUUUGAGAGACGAGACCCCGCCCCUUUUUAUCCUUUCAUCUCCAGGAUUUAUUUUUCAAAACAGAAGGUUUUUUUUAUUUUAUUUUGCAAAGAGGGCAAGUUCCAUGUGGGAGAACACCCACCCCCCCACUGACUUUUUCUUCCUUUUGGGGGCUUGUCCGGGAGACAAACAUAUUUAUUUGAUAUUUAUAUCAUUUUAGCUUUUUUUUAAAUAUAUAUAUAUAUAUAUAUAUAUAUAUAUGAAUGAGAGGAGAUAUUAAAGUAGUGGUGUAUUUAUUAUUAGAAUAUGAAAAGGUUCAUUCCAUGUUGUUGUCUGCCUACGACCUUGCACUGAUUUAUUUUGCCUGUUUCCACACAAACAGUGUAAAGAAUGUACAUAAUCUGGACUGGUUUUUCGUGGGUGUUGCCGUUUAGUUUGGACUCCAAGUAGCUCGUGGUGGCGUCCAGCAGCGUCCGUAGGCCAGCGUCCUCCACUGCAUGUACUAAGCUCCGCCCCCAUGUAUAGAAUGACUCUUAGCGUGUAUUUGUACCUCCUUUUUGGCUUCAAUCCAGUGUCCGUGCAAGUGUGUAAUAUAUUUCAUGCUUUUUUAUUUGAAAUGUGGUAUAUAUAUAUAUAUAUAUAUAUAUAUAUAUAUAUAUAUA